UUUUUUUGGUUUUUUUUACGCUUACAGUCGCUACUGCUUGUCUAUUUUAUUGAUGCAUGUUCCUGCUCAAAUACACUUGGUAAACCUUCUCUCUCUUUCUUUGCAAGGAUAAUAUUAUACAUCAACUUUGUAAUUAUUCUAUUUCCCGUGCUCAAAGAAUAUGUAUAAAAUAUUUGGCAGAAAGAAGAAUAGAGAGCCUCAUCAGAAGGCAAAAUCCAACACUGUUUUUAGAAGCAAGAAGAAACUGGACGCUUCAACUGUGGGCAAUUUGAAAAUACCUAUUCCGAUGUUACUCUACGAUAUAAAAUGUGCCGAUAUGACAGAAUCUGAAAUUUUGGCAGCAUUAACCAGCAGUGGUUACUACAAGGCUAAAAGUACAGGACUGGAAACAGCGAGGGAUAGCAAUCAUGUAUUUGAUCAUUCUAUGCGAGUCAAGGAUAUUCUGGCACGUACGCCAAGAGAUACCGAGCAGAUUCGUAAUUUCAGUAUGCAGCAUCCUAAUAUUACAGUCUCGAAUGAAAAAGAAGAAUUGGAAGAAAAUACAGCAGAAAGAGCUGCUUUGAAAGAAGAGAAGAUCAUUGUAAAUGAACUAUCACAAUUGGCACAGAGUAAAGGUGGACAGGAAGCAGUCGAGAAAGUAAACCAGCAAUUCACAAUAGCAGCAAUUCCUAGCAAUUACUAUGUCGAUGAAAGCUUAACACAAACUGUACCCAUGCAGCCUCUAACUGAAACAGUUGAGGAAGGUAUCCUCACAAGUAUCAGGGAUGCUCUAUAUACUUUACAUCAACAAUAUAUUCAAGAUAGGCGUGAUAAAUCGACAAGGCUUCUGGAGGAGACUAUGAAGGAAUUGGAAAUGAUGAUAGAGAUCCAAGAAACACAGCAACUGCUCAGACAGUUGCUUAACAGGUGCAGCAUGAGUAGCAACGAAGUGAGAUGAUAGCAGAUAUUAAUUGAAAAAAACGCCAUGUUGUGCUCAAAAGGGCAAAUCACAUGAUUGACUUCUAUAACAUACUUGUUAUGGCUUCCGUUAAUUACUUCACCUCUUGGGGGAUUUGCUCAUUACCAAGAUUCAACCUCCAGCAUCCUUUUGUAAAUCACACUUUCUUUCAGCCUUCCUAAUCACAUGAUCCUAUAAAGCGGCUGUUCAUUUUUAGAAGUAGGGGCUCUGUGUGACUUUUUAUUGCUGUU